AUGCUACAACAUGCUUUCCUCGGCAAUGAACAAUUAACAGAACAACUUAACACUAAAUCAGAUCAUUUAUACAAGUACCAAUACCAGCGGCGAAAUCAGCAGGUGAGAGAACGGAGGCGAAGAAGAGGACGGCGGGACAAGUGGAAGAUGGCAGCAAGGGAUCUGACGACGAGAAAAGCAGAGGACAGCGGCAAACGGGUGGAACAGCAGAGACAGAGACAAGGGUUAGUGUGCGGCGUGACGGCGGCAGACGAUCUCUCUCUUGUCAAUGCUACUGGAAGCGCCGACGACUUCUAUGCUCUCCAGGUUUAUGUUUGGAUGAACAACAAACCAGAGAGGUUUAGUGUAUCUUCAAGUGAUGCAGCAAUUCAAUUAGAUAUGAUUUCCAAGGUUCAUGGAGUUUCUAGUGCAGAAGAGUAUUUUCUGAGUCUGGCUGAUAAGUUAACAGAUAGAAGGACCUAUGGAGCUCUUUUGAAUGUAUACGUGCGAUAUAGAAUGAAGGAAAAGGCAGAGGCAUUAUUUGACAAAAUGAGGAGUAAAGGUUAUGCAGUACAUUCGCUACCAUUUAAUGUAAUGAUGACUUUGUAUGUGAACCUUAAGGUUUAUGAUAAAGUUGAUAUGUUGGCUUCAGAAAUGAGAGAGAAAAACAUACGGCUCAAUAUCUAUUCAUAUAAUAUCUGUCUAUCUUCAUGUGGUUCUCGAGGAUCAAUAGAAAAGAUGGAGGAGGUGUUUGACCAGAUGGUGAAGGACCCGAAGAUUUUUCCUAAUUGGACUACAUUCAGCACAAUGGCUACAAUGUAUAUAAAUAUGAAUAUGUUUGAAAAAGCAGUAGGCUGCUUAAGAAAGGUUGAGAGUAGAAUCAAAGGCCGGGAUAGAGUACCAUUUCAUUAUCUUCUGAGCUUAUAUGGAAGUGUUGGAAAGAAAGACGACGUUUAUCGUGUGUGGAGUACUUAUAAAUCAUUGUUUGCCACUAUACCAAACUUGGGAUACCAUGCUAUUAUUGCUUCUCUGGUUAAACUGGAUGAUAUUGAGGGUGCAGAAAAAAUUUAUGAGGAAUGGCUUUCAACAAGUUCGACUUAUGAUCCGAGAAUAACAAACCUUCUGAUAGGCUGUUAUGUCAAGAAAGGCAAUACUGACAAAGCUCUGGGUUUCUUUAGACAAAUGACUGAAGGUGGUGGAAUUCCGAAUUCAAAAACUUGGGAGAUUAUUUGUUCUGGGCAUAUCGCUGAUGAGAGGAUUUCGGAGGCUCUGUCCUGCUUUAAAGAAGCUUUUGUGGCCGAUGUUUCAAACAAAUGGAGACCAAGGGCGACAAACUUUUCUGCAUUCUUUAAACUUUGUCAGGACAAAGAUGAUACUACAAGUGCUGAAGUGUUAACUGGGUUUUUGAGACAGUCUAGAUUUAUCAAGAAUGAAGUUUUUGUGUCACUCAUUGGCUUGUCAGAAUCCGAUGGUACCAUCAACAAUGACGAAUUGUCGACCGAAGUUGAUACCGCGGAUAUAACUGAUGACAACGAUGAUGGUGAAAAUGCAGUUGAUGACGCUCAAAUGUUCAACCAAUUGGAGAGUACCCUGUGAUACAUAAUGUCUUUUUCCAUUUGAAAAAUGCAGAAAAUGCAUUGCUAGAAGUGUAGUUAGUCAUUGAAGAUGAUCUUGUUCAGGAUGCAUAGUUUACGUGACUAACCAUGAUAAUGAUGAGCAGUGAUAAUGCUUAAAGUAGAGAGCAUGGAAUUUAUGUUGGCUUUUCAAUU